UGACAGCCCAAACCUCCCUCCAUUCUACCUUUUUCUUCGUCCCAGACACCCUCUCCAGAAGCAACACCGACCAAAGCCAUCAUGUCGUCCUCCACGUCACUGUACAACCAAUCCGUCCCGGUCCUCAUCAAGUACCUGCGCAACCUUUCCGCUCUCCUCACCAAGGCGGUCCAGCACUGCGAGGCCAAGGGCGUGGCGCAGGAGGAUCUACUCGCUUUUAAGCUGGCUGACGACAUGAAGGGCCUCGCCUUCCAGGUCACCAGCUGCUCCAACGGGGCCAAGUUCCUCCUCCACCGCCUGGGCGUGGAGGCCCCUGUCUUCGCCGACGACGAGACAACGUUCCCCCAACUCCAGGAGCGCAUCCAAAAGACCAUCACCAUGCUCGAGGGCGUCAAGCCAGACGCCUUUGACGGCCGUGCCGAGGCGCCGCUGCUCAUGGAGACGAGGGGUGGCAACUUUCAGUUUGAGAGUGGGCAGAGGUAUGUGAGCGAGUACAUUAUGCCAAAGUUCUACUUCCACGUGAGCAUUGCGUAUGCGAUUCUGCGCAGUCAGGGUGUCGAGCUGGGCAUGAUAGAUUAUCUCAAGGGGGUGCUGGACAUGGUACAGGAGGAUGGGAGCCUCAAGACUCUCUAGCUCAUUAGGGCGAGAUUGAAAGGAACAAUAAUUAACACGUGUCAGUC